AUGCUCAAGGCAGUAGGUCUCUUUGGCCGGAAGAAGACAACUCGUCAAUUCAAAGACUUCUACGCAGAAUGGUUCAACACCCUAAAAAACACGCUCCUCCCUUCUCUCCGAAGCUCAAUGUCAGAGUCUGACUCGUCCCUGACUCGGCUCUCGACUCAAAUGGAAGCCCUCCACCUCCACUUCCAGUCCUACUACGACGCCCUCGACCUCGCCUCCCAGAACGACGUCGCUCAGCUCCUCUGCCCCACCUGGCGCAACCCUCUAGAGAAGCCCUUCCUCUUCCUCGGCGACUUCCACCCCUACCUCUUCACCAACCUCCUCCGCUCCUUCCUCACCCAAAACGACACCGACUCCGACAACGAAAACGACGGCGACAGCAUGGUCGUUCAGUGCGCCAGUGACAGAGGAGACAGGGACCUCUUCGACCGGCCCUGGCACAUCGCGACAGCGUGGAGGAGCCCGUCGUACAAUUUGAUGGAGAGGGUCGAGCAGGUGGAGCGCGGGCUGCGGCUGAUGGUGCCGGCGCUGGCGGCGCGGGCUAGGGACGCGCAGGUCGGGUUCUUGGAGCGCGUGGCGAGGAAUUGGGCUUUUGGGACCCACAAGGCGGCGGUGGAGGAGGCGAUGGCGGAGCAGAAUGAGGAGAUGGUGGGGGUUUUUGUGGACGCCAAUAGGCUGAGGAAGAGUGUUCUUGUGGAGAUUAUGGGUGCAACUAACGUUUACCAGGGUGCUCUGUUUCUUGAAGGGUUGGCCCAAUUUCUUGUUGGGUUCAGAGAUCCUGAGCUGCUUGCUCAGUUUGAGCUCUGCAAGACGCCUCUCAGCAAGCAGAGUCGGCUGUUGGCGAUUUGA